UAAAAAGCUAAACUUACUCUUGGAAACAGAAUAAACAAAGAUGGCGGCCAAGGAUACCGGGAUAAAUUCAGUGACCGAGCCAGAUAUGGACCCUUUGGAACCAGCCGAUGGCCAAGAGAAACAUUUUGCAUCUGAACCUACAGAGCAGCCUACAGAAAAUGCAACACCAGUCAUCUCACAUCCUACGACACCAGAAGGAAAUGCCCUGCAGGAGGGAGAAGCUAAACAUGGAAUGGAUGUAGUUACAGCAGAAACGUCAGUGGAUGACGUCAAUAAACCAGAUAUCAGCAGCGAACUUAGUAGCGAGGAUAGAAAUUCAGCAGAUGUCUACAAAGUGGUACGAGACGGCCAUGAAGCCAGCGUUUUACAGGACCCGUCCCAGGGUAACUCUGAGCUUCGAGCUGGCAGUAAUGAACUGGAUCCCACUAUAGGCCAUGAAUUGAACAGUGAGUCUAGUUAUGGAGGAAAGGACGAACAAGAGACAGAAGCACAUCCUUUUCAAAGUAUUCCCCAGACAUAUGAAGAAGACAAUGCCAACGAGAGGCUUACUGAUUUCCCCCAGUCUUCUGCGAAUGAUACAAAAGCAGACAGUGCUGGUGAGGUACAUUCUCAGGGCUCUGGGGAGAUGGCAUCACAUGGAGAGAAGAUUGACAAGGACCAGGAAAGCGCGGCUCUGACAGAGAAUGAAAUCACAGAAGAUCCACCAGACGACACCAAUGUGGGAGAGACAACUACUGGUGAAGAGGUGAUUGAUGAUGGCGGGAAGAUCCUUAGUGAAGAACAGAUCAAAAAUGAAGGACAAGUCGAAGGUAAAGGACAGAUCGAUGGUGAAGGACAAAUCGAAGUUGAAGGACAGAUCGAAGGUGAAGGACAGAUCGAAGGUGAAGGACAAAUUGAAAGUGAAGAACAGAUCGAAGGUGAAGAACAGAUCGAAGGUGAAGGACAAAUUGAAAGUGAAGAACAGAUUAAAGGUGAAGAGCAAGUUGAAAAGCCAAAUGAACACACUGGUGGAACUAUAGAAAAGGAUGGCAGUGUCAAGGGGCUCCCAGAAACCUUACAUGAAGCAGACCAUCCUCCAGACGAAGAGGGAGCAGAAAAAGAAGAGCCAGAAGAUAGAAUUCCAGAAACUCUCUUCUAUGAAUAUGAUAGUAUCUGCUCUCAGCCAUUCGUAACUCCGGACUCUGGAAUACCUCAUAAUGUCCUUGACCUUCUAUAUUCCUUCGGUUAUGACUGCACCAGACGUGCCAAUCUCCACCUGCUGGACAGCCGGACAUUGCUGUACGUAGCUGGCACCACAGCGGUUAUCUUCACCAUGAAAACGCUAGAGCAGAGAUACCUGAGGAGCAGCGGCGGUGGAGGGGUUGGAGCCAUUGCGGUGCAUCCAAGCAAGAAAUAUUUUGCUGUAGCAGAAAAGGGGAAACUUCCAAACAUUGUGAUCUAUGAAUUUCCAUCUCUGAAACCAUACCGGAUACUCAGGGGAGGCACAAUGGAAGCCUAUGCCUUUGCAGACUUUAAUGCAUCUGGAUCCCUUUUAGCCAGUGUGGGCAGCAGUCCUGAUUACAUGUUAACUCUAUGGGACUGGAAGCAGGAGAAAAUCAUGCUCCGAUCCAAAGCGUUCUCUCAGGAUGUCUUUCAAGUGACCUUCUCUCCAGAGAAUGAGGAGCAGCUGACAACCUGUGGGACAGGACACAUUAAAUUUUGGAAAAUGGCUCAUACAUUUACUGGCCUAAAACUUCAGGGAGAACUUGGCAGAUUUGGGAAGACUAGCCUAACUGAUAUAGAGGGAUACGUGGAGCUUCCAGAUGGCAAGGUGAUCUCUGGCUCCGAAUGGGGCAACAUGCUACUGUGGGAAGGGGGUCUCAUCAAAGUGGAAUUGUGCAGAAAAGGACAUAGAACCUGCCAUAAGGGAACAAUUAACCAGUUUGUACUGGACGAAGGUGAACUUAUCACUAUCGGAGCCGACGGAUAUGUCAGGGUUUGGGAUUUUGAAACUGUGGAUACAGCAGACACUGUUGAUGAUACAGGACUUCUGGAGAUGGAGCCCAUGAAUGAACUCCUCAUUGGGAAACAUGUGAACCUUCGAUUUAUGACAAAGAUGGCAGAAACAGACUCUCCAAUGUGGUUUGCUCAGGAUGCAAAUGGUGCUAUUUGGAAGCUGGACCUCUCCUUUUCAAAUAUAACCCAGGACCCUGAACGUCUUUUUUCAUUCCAUUCACGGAACAUUACAGCCUUGGAUGCGUCUCCUUCCACGCACCUCAUGGCCUCUACAUCGCUUGACCGCUCUGUCCGAAUCUAUGACUUUGUUGGGAAGAAUCCUUUAGCUGAGAUGAAAUUCAAAAAAGGAGGCACUUUCUUGGUUUGGGCUCCUCGUAUGGUCAAUCCCAAAGGCGGCUUGUUCGUGGUUGGAUUUGAAGAUGGCGUUGUGCGUAUUCUGGAAGUUUACAGUCCCCUUGGGUUUAGACUUGUGGCGGGGCGCAAAGGUACUCAAGAUGCCGAGAUCAGCCUGAAGCAGGCCUUCAAACCACACACUGCGUCUGUCACAGCUCUUGCAUAUGAGCGCAAUGGAGAAAUCCUCGCCACCGGGAGUGACGACAAAACUGUUUUUUUCUUUGCUGUUGGAGAUAAAUAUGAGCCUAUUGGAUUUGUCCGUGUUCCAGGUCCCGUGACCGAGCUUCACUGGUCUCCAUCGUCUCACGAGAAGAACAUGCUGCUGGUACUCUGUAGAAAUGGAUACGCUGUUCAGAUCCCUGCUCCUGCUGCUGAAAAGAGGGAUCCUUCCAUCACAUAUGAGAUCCGUGAUCUUACCUUACAGUAUUUCAGGUUCUCCAGCAUCAGAUCCAAGAUGGAGAGGGAGGCAGAGAUUGCUCGCAUACAGAAGGAUAGGGAAGAGAAGAACAAGACUAAGGAAGCUUGGAUUAAGCAGAUGAAGGACCAGGGAGUGGACCUCACAGAAGAAGAAAUGCAGUUAGAGAUGGAGGAUGAAGAAGCAUUGCCACCACUUUAUGUGCCUGAAGAUCCCAGCCCAAUCCUCUGUGGUUUUUAUGCCACUCCUGGAAAAUUCUGGCUUUCUUUGGAUGGCUACGACUCAGGAUUUCUCUAUCUCUGUGAGUUUGCAGACAGUCAGAUGUCCGAUCCCUCUGGCAGGAGAGAUGAACCCUUACAGGCCCUUCCUAUUGAAAAUUCUGCAAAAAACCCCAUCCAUAUAGCUCAUUUCAGUUCCAACAAGCAGCUGCUGUUCUGUGGGAUGCAGGAUGGUUCAGUCCGAGUCUACCCUCUUCAGGCCAAUGAUUCCCUAUUGACCUCCAUGCACGGCUACUGGUGCCUUGGGAUCCAUGAUAAUCAAUACGGGACCAUCCAAGCUGUUUGCUGCAGCUACGAUAAUCAAUACUUAGUAACUUGUGGGGCCGACGGUAACAUCUUCACCUUCAGCAUUCUUUCCAUGGAAGACAUAGAACGCGAUCUGAAAGUAACGAAAACAAAAGUGCCUUCCCCAAGGCGAGAUCUGGAAAGAGAGACACCUGCAGACGAUAUUGAUGACCCAAAUGCGUACAGCAUUGAGAAGGCGAAGCAGAAAUGGCAGUAUGACCUGCAACUAAAACAAGCCGAAGAGAAGAAGGCUGCCAGGAGACACGAACUGGCAGAGCUCAGAAAUGAGUUCAGGAUUCUGCUGGAAGACAAUACAAAGCUGCCGACACACAUGCAGCUGGGCAGAGCGGAAUUUGAGAUGGAUCAGAGAAUUCGGGAAGAGAUGGAGAGGCAGACUUCGGAAAGAAUACGUACCGUAACGAAGGAGCUGGCCUGGGAGCAGGAAAAACACAACAUCGGCUUAAAGAAGCUCUGUGCGCGGUUCCGAGAUAACAUUGAAUUUGACACAGUGACAGUUCAUGGAAUCAACAGCGAUCACCAAGUGUCAACAUACAGACUACUGAGCCUCAGCAACCAGUACAAGUGGACGGGGCUUGGUGGCAAGACACGGCAGACACGGUAUGAGCAGUACCUGAAGGAAGCAGAGAUGGCCAAAGACAGCCAGGAAACCGGUAAAGUCAAGCAGAGUGUCAGACAGGAGACCAAGGCUGAACUGCCUAUUCAGAAACCGCAUUUGGCCGGGAAGCCGACAGUUGGUGGGAGACUUGAAAGAAUGAAGAAGACGGUUGAGAAAACAGAGAAGGCAAAAUCUAAGAUUGCCAAAAGGAAAAUGGAGUGGGAGAAACUGUACAAGCAGAAGCCUAGUGAAGACUAUGAAGAUCCACAUGCCUUGCUGGCCAUUAAACAUGCCAAGGAGAAUAUGGGGGACUUCAAACUGAAGACGGCAAAAGAUUACACCGUGCCGGAGCACCUGCGUAUUAAUGCUGAGAAAAAGAGGAAUGAACUGGCAGCUUUGGAAAGCAUGAUGCACGAGAAGAAAACAGCAAUAAACAUCCGCAUUAUGUCUCUGAGAGACUUCAAAGUGAGCACAAUAAAGGAGAUCCAGCAGUUGGUGGAGGAACUGAGACUCACUCAGUCCAUGCUAGAUGCUUCUAAACACCUGCCUAUCCCACCAGUGCCGUGUAUGCUUCCAGAUGAAAUGCCAGAGAAGAAGUUUGAGUACACCACUGAAACACUAAGGAAAUUUAAACUGGAGCAGGGGAGUCAAUCCAAGGAGUCCGGGACAUCACACGAGGGGAACUUUGGUGGCUUUGGAGCAGAAAAAAAUGCUAUUAUUAAGCUAGAUGAGGCAGCUCUUAUAUCUUCCUCAAAGAACCAUUCUGCCAAGGACAGGUACUCCACAAUCCGUAGGCCUUCACCAAUUGACAAAACAGACCUGUCGAAAUUGGAAAAAGAGAUAAUGCAGAUGGAAGAGAUCAAGAACAUCUACAAGCAGGAGCUCCUCAUAAAGAAGAUUAACGACCUGGUAACUGACUUUGAUGCAGAACUUCGAGUUUUACGGCACCAGAAGUUGAAGCUGGAUGUGGAAAUGAAGAUGGGUGACCUGAGGCAUAUCACACUCUUUGAGGAGCUUCUCCUUUUGAAGGAGUUUGAGAAGCAUGAGGACAUUCUCCAGGAAAAAGUCAGCGAGCGUAUGUUUGAGAAAGAAGAAGUGAAGAGGAAGUCUGAGGAUUACCUGCUGCAGCUGGAGACCAAGAAAAAUGAUAUAAUGAAUCUACAAGAAAGAGAGAAGGCUCUGCAUUCAACUUUCCAGGCUUCCCUUGGCGAGAACAAUAAGUUUGCCGCGUUCCUCACAAAAGUAUUUAAGAAGAAAAUAAAGCGCAAUAAGAAGAAAGAGACUACUGGGGAUGAAGAUGAAGAAGGUGACAGUGACGAAGAUUCAGACAUGGAAUCCACGUGGGAUAGUGAAGACGAAGAGUCUGGAUCAGAGGAAGAUGUCUUUGAUGACUCAGUAUGCCCAGCUAACUGUGACCCUGCCUUAUUCGAAAACACUCUGCAACUGCGCGAGACACGUCUGGACAUUGAAGAGGCGCUGGUGGAAGAGAAAAAGAUUGUGGAUAAUCUGAAAAAGGAGUAUGACGCCUUGGCCAAAAAGGCAAAAACUGUUGAUGUAAACCUGAAAAUGGCAGAGGAUGAGCUGAACGCCUUGCAGAGAGAGAAGCAGCUGAAGCUGAAUGAGUUGCAUGUCGUGGUCCCUCUGAAAACGCAGCAGGUUAUGUACUUGGUAAGUGGAGAGAUUCCCAGUGAUCUAUCCCAGGCCCUUGUCUUCAGCCAUCAUUCAAUGGAGAACCUGAAGCAGAGGGCAGAUGAGCUGGAGCAGGAAAAGACGGAGGAAAGGGAUCUGUACCGAAAGGCACGGGAGCAACACAAGAAGCUAAUCCGAGAACAGAAGGAGAUGCAGACCAAGAUUGAGCAGCUACAGGAGCAGUGUCGCCAACAAAUGAUGAGGAAAUUUGGCCGCCUGGUGGAUCUUGAGGCUCUCCAGACAUUGUCUGUGAAUAGUAAUUUGGAGGAGUUGAAGAUUAAAUCAGCAGAACAUCAGCAGAUAAUGGACAAGGAGAUUGGAGAGUGGGAGGACAAGGUCAUUGAUACGAAGAAAUUGUUGAUGGGUGUAACUCGGGAGCAGACACGGAACUUAGAGAAGAUGAACGAGCUUCUUACAGAACUAAAAUCUCUUGAAUCAAAACUUGAUGCUCUUCAAACUAAUGUGGGUGAAGAGUUCCAGGGGCCACGAAACGAAGAGAAGAAGGAGAGAAGGAAGCUGCUUCAAAUGGUCCAGAGGCAAGCAGAAGAGAUUGAGAGUCUCAAAGAGGAAAUAUCUCUCCUAAGCAAGAAAGGGGGCAGCAUUCUCCCCCCAGCCCAUCAUCAGAUGUCAGUGCAGCACAGUGCGGGACUAUAAUAUGAACUAUCCUCUCAGAUCCUCAUCUAACCCUCCGCACCCCUCUCCCAUCCCACAUUAGUUAUUGCCAGCUCAGGUUUUAAGAAAUAAACUAGAUUUUGGUUACCAGGUCCAAACAGUCA